GUGAAACGUUAACGGAAGUGACGUUUGUACCUUCUCCGACAGCAGAUUGUGGACAGAGGCGGAAAGCAGUAUGGCGGUCCCCGACCACAGCAAUAAUCCUCAUCUCCCUGUAAAUCUGGACAAACCUCCUCACAUACCGGGCUUCAUUCCAAUCGCCCUGCCUACAGCCGAGACGUUUAAGGAGAAGUUCAUCAGAAAAACCAAAGAGAACCCGUUCGUCCCUAUAGGUUGUUUGGCCACGGCUGGGGCUCUGCUGUACGGCCUCCGUGCCUUCCACCUGGGAAAGAACAAACAGUCCCAGUUACUGAUGAGGGGCCGUAUCGCUGCCCAGGGCUUCACUGUGGUUGCCAUUAUUUUUGGAAUCUUUGCCUCAUCUUUAAAACCCAAGCAGUGAAGACACACUAGUGCCACACGUCAGUCAUCAUGGACAGAAUUCACCACUGCACUAUUUGGACAAGGUCCAGUUGAAACUGACCUGAGUGAUGUAUUUAAUUGAAUCAGUUUUUUUUUUUUUUUCCUCAGUGCAUUUAUAGUUGAUUUUGAAGGUGAAAAAUGCAAAGUAUAAUGAUCU